ACGCUCGAGCAAACGCGACGUCAACUUCCGGCGAGGCCGCGCAGAGCCGUGUGAAGUUGCUCGCGGUUUGAAGUUUGUUGUGUUUGUUUUAGCUGCUGAAAUGGAUGUGGCUCUGUAUGUCGUGGCUGCGGUUAUUCUGCUCGUCCUGAUAGUGUUUGCUGUGAAAGUUCGUGGCCGGACUGAAGAAGCUGACCGUGAGGAUGGUCAGAAUGUGGCGGCGCGCGCUUCGGUCCGUCCGCAGCCGGCAGAGGAGCGUCCAGCAGGAAUGCCUCGCCGCCGGAGAAACCUGCACAGCAGAAUGAACGUCCAGCGCUCGCAGAGACCGUCCGACAACGAGGACAGUCCCGUGGAAGAGGAGGAGAAUCAGGAAGACAGGCAGCCGUCUGAAGAACGUCCUCAAGCUGCCGCUAAAGUCGGAGCAAAGAAACAGAAGAAGCUGGAGGAGAAACAAGCUCGGAAAGCUCAGAGAGAGGCCGAGCUGGAAGAGCGAGAAGAGAGGAGGAAGAUGCAAGAGCUCAGAGAUCAAGAGAGACAGAAAGAAGAGGAGAAGGAGAGACUGCAGGAGCAAAGACGGGAGGAUGAGUUGCAGCGGGCCAAAGAGGAGCAGGAGCGGAAGGAGGAGGAGGAGUACCAGCGUCUGAAGGAGUCUUUCGUGAUCGAGGAUCAGGGAGAAGCGGAGGAGCUCAGCGAGCAGGAGUCUCGUAACCUGCUGCAGGAGUUCAUCCAGUACGUCAAGAAUUCUAAAGUGGUUUUGCUGGAGGAUCUGGCAUCCCGCUUCGGCAUGCGCACACAGGAUGCUAUUGCCAGACUCCAGGACCUGAUAGCAGACGGCUCCCUGACAGGAGUGAUCGACGACCGAGGGAAGUUUAUUUUCAUCACGCCGGAGGAGCUGAACGCUGUGGCUCAGUUCAUCAAACAGAGAGGAAGAGUGUCCAUCUCGGAUCUCGUUCAAGCCAGUAACACCCUCAUAAACCUGACGCCCGAGAUCCAGAGCGAUGCAUGAACACACGAGCUGCUUCCAGAGACAGGACUUGUAAAUAAAGAUCAUUUCCCAGCG